CCAUCCGCAACAGCGGUCCGUGACGAAUCCUUAACCUUCUCUUUCUUCCGUGAUGAAAUAUAAUAAUAAUAUUUUGGUUUAACUAACCAAGGAUCAAUCCUUCAAGAAGGAUUGGAAGGACUUGAUCCUUAACCUUCUCUUUCUUCCUCUCUCUCUCUCUAUCUCUCCUCCCUGGCUCUCUCUCAAUCUCUCCGCUCGCACAUCCUGAUCAGAUGCGGAAAGUUCAGCUUCGCUUUCGAUCCCUUGAGCUGAAACGCCGCUCGGUCGUACGCCACCACCGCGUCCUCCGGCGUCUCGUAGGUCCUGAGCCACACUCUUGCUCCGGGGUUCCGGUAGAAAACGGGCGGAUUGACACCGUUAUUGACGGAAUCAGGUGAGCUUAUUAAGUCGCUGUAAUCAAAACCUGACAUUUGAUGAUUAUGAAUAUUUAUGAUGAUUUAGUCUUAGUUAGUGCUUCUGAAUCGAGUAGAAGUUUUAGAAAGUGAAAGCUGCUGAAGAAUGAAGUGUUAAAGCACACUUGCGGAGAAGAUUUAUAAAGAUACAGAUCGAUCUAUGAGAGCUUGAUGAUUACUCUGUUUUAGUUACUCUGUUUCUUAUCACAUAAAGAUCACGCCUUUAUGAUUUUUUUUAAUUUCUGAAAGUUUCUAAUUUUGGGGGUGGGUGAAUAAUCUUCAUGACGCCUUAUGUACAAGAACGAGUCAACAUUGGUUCAGGACCACCAGGCUCCAAAGUCAGGUGGUUUAGGUCUUCUAGCAACGAGUCUAGAUACAUCAACACUAUCACCUUUGAAGCCAAGGAAGGUUCUCCCACUCUUGUCAUGGUUCAUGGAUACGGUGCUUCUCAAGGUUUCUUCUUCCGUAAUUUUGAUGCCCUUGCCUCUCGAUUCAGGGUCAUCGCUAUUGACCAACUUGGGUGGGGUGGAUCAAGUAGACCUGAUUUUACGUGUAAAAGCACAUAAGGCAGAAACAGAGGCGCACACAAGAUGGACUGGCGAGAAUUUGGAAAACCAUGUUGAUGUCAAGAAUGUUCUCGUUGACAUGGGAAUCUACUUCCAAGUGCAGGUAGCAGAGUUUAGUUGCUAUGUAUUUCAUGAAUGCUAUUUGAUGUCAGGAAGUAAUUCGUUAUCUAUUUGUGUGUGUACUUGUAGGAUGACUAUCUGGAUUGUUAUUGUUCUUGUUCUUUUAUUUGUUCUUGUUCUUUGCCAAAGCUUUUUUUUUCACAAGUAUUAAAAACUCCAAAUUGGAGAACACCAUUGGACUUCAAAUUUGGAGAUGAAUCCUUAACUAUUCAAACACAAAAAAAAAUAGUAAACUAAUGCUAAGGAUUCCAAUGGUGGUAACACCAUUGGAGAUGCUCUUAGUUAGCACAACCAAGGCAAGAAACCCUAAUAAAAGUUGGCCGUAAAAAUAAGAGCACAGUGCAAAACCCCUGAAACCAAACUUAACCAAAACAAGAUGACGAAGAAGUCAUCAUCAUCAGAGCCUCCUCCGUCGUUUUUGUCGUUACCGCACGACAUCGUCUUCAACACUCUGGCUAGGAUCUCUCGAACCAAUUAUCCAAUUCUGUCUCUUGUCUCCAAGAGUUUCCGUUCACUCCUGUCUUCGCCUGAACUCGAGGCCGCACGAUCACUCAUCGGAAGACCCGAGAAGUACCUCCACGUCUGCUUAAACCUCAAUAACAACAAAAACAACCCUAACCCUAGAUGGUUCAUACUUUCCGAACGUAAGUUGAUACCAACCCCUUCGUUUCCCUACCGACAUCUCAACUCCUCGUGUCUUGUCUCAACUGGGUCUGAGACCUACGUAAUCGGCGGUGGACUCGAAAGAAGCAAAAGAGUGUUUCUAAUCGACUGUAAAACUCACCAGUGGCGUGAACUCCCCAACAUGCGUCUUUCUCGAAAAGAAGCAGUCGCUAGGGUGAUGGACGGUAAGAUCUAUGUGAUUGGAGGCUGCAGCAGCAACUACUCUAAGUAUAAUGGAGAGGUUUACGACCCAAAUACUCAAACUUGGGAGUUCGCAACUGCCACAAAAAACGAUCUCCUUAAUCGAAAAAGUCGUUACAGUUCCACGAAGUGCCUUAUACCCACAGAUUUUCCAGUUCCACCAAGUCGUCCUUGUCCGUGCUAACAGAUAAAAAGUUGCGGUUGGUGGUUCGAGAUGGUGAACUACGUUGCGAUGGCUCAUGUUGGUGGACUUUAGUUACGGGACUUGAAGCAAUAUCCUAUCUGAUUUCGGUGACGAACUCUGGGCAAGAUAAGAGAGUUUUAGUUUGGUGGAAGACUAAUAAUAAUGCUGAGGAAUGUGAAACUGAGAUUUGGUGUGCACAGAUUUUAAUUGGGAUUUGGGGUUACAAGUCGAUUCAAGGAUUCAUAGAGUGGUCUGAGAAUGUGUUUACCUACCAGGGAUGUCAUGAAUCUGAUGAUGAUGAUGAUUCCGAAUUCCUUUUGCAUUCCGCUUUUGU